AUGGUAUCUGUAUCAGGCAGUCGCUGUCAGGGGCUGUAUUUCCUAUAUGGAGGUCACUGUAUAAGUUUAUAAUUGGUCGUUUAGUCUCGAAACGGUCUUUUGUUUUGCUAACAGACGUUUGUUGAGUUAGGUUAGCUAGUUUUCCACAUUUCUGCUGCCUGUCGAGACAUGCUGCGAGUGAGGGCGCCGCUGUGUCAGUCUUGGAGGGGGUUCAAAACCUUCCCAUGUGCAGCUGUGGAGGUUAAGAAUGAGCCUGUCUUGGGGUUCAAAGAGGGGAGUCAAGAGAGAGCAGAGCUGGAGAAGGCCCUCCAAAACCUAAAAGGAAAGACAGAGGAGAUUCCAUGUGUGAUCGGAGACGAACAAGUGUGGACCAAAGAUAUCAGAUACCAGCUGUCUCCCUUCAACCAUUCGCACAAAGUGGCUAAGUUCUGUUAUGCUGAUAAGGAGCUUCUAAACAAAGCCAUUCUAGCCUCUGUAGCAGCGAGAAGAGAAUGGGACCUGAAGCCAGUGGCAGAUAGAGCCCAGAUCCUCUUCAAGGCUGCUGAUACAAUCAGUGGACCGAAGAGAGCAGAAGUUCUGGCAAAGACGAUGAUCGGCCAGGGUAAAACUGUGGUGCAGGCUGAGAUCGAUGCUGCAGCAGAGCUCAUUGACUUCUUCAGGUUCAAUGCCAAGCAUGCGAUUGAGCUGGAGCAGCAGCAGCCGCUGGACAGCGAUGGCAGCACCAACACCAUGCUGUACCGUGGGCUGGAGGGCUUUGUAGCUGCUGUCGCGCCUUUCAACUUCACUGCUAUUGGUGGAAACCUGGCUGGCACGCCAGCACUAAUGGGCAACGUGGUGCUAUGGAAACCCAGUGACACUGCCAUGUCUGCUAGCUAUGCAGUCUACAAGAUCCUGCGUGAGUCUGGCCUACCGCCCAACAUCAUCCAGUUUGUUCCAGCUGAUGGCCCAGUUUUUGGAGACACUAUCACCUCCUCUGAGCAUUUGGCUGGAAUCAACUUCACUGGCAGUGUCCCAACAUUUAAGCGUCUGUGGAAACAGGUGGCACAGAAUCUUGAUAUCUACAGAAACUUCCCUCGUGUGGCAGGAGAAUGUGGUGGCAAGAACUUCCAUUUUGUGCACAAGUCUGCAGACGUUCACAGUGUGGUGACGGGCACGAUCCGCUCAGCGUUUGAGUACGGUGGGCAGAAGUGCUCGGCCUGCUCCAGGAUGUACGUCCCGGACUCACUCUGGCCUCAGAUCAAACAGGACCUGCUGGCUAUACACAAACAGAUUAAACUGGGAGACCCGGUUGAGGAUUUUGGGACGUUCUUCUCAGCGGUUAUUGAUGACAAGUCUUUUGCCAGGAUAAAGGGCUGGCUUCACCACGCCAAGACUUCCCCCAAUCUGACUGUAAUCGCUGGUGGAAAUUGUGAUGAUAAAAAGGGAUACUAUGUGGAGCCCACGAUUAUUGAAACCAAAGAUCCACAGGAUAAAAUAAUGAACGAGGAGAUCUUUGGACCCGUUCUGACAGUUUAUGUAUAUCCUGAGAACGACUACAAGAAAGUACUGGAGCUGAUUGACAGCACAUCUCCAUAUGCUCUGACUGGGGCUGUCUUUGCUCAAGAUAAGGCCGUCGUGGCUGAGGCGGCAAAAGUGUUGAGAAAUGCAGCAGGAAAUUAUUAUGUCAAUGACAAAUCGACAGGCUCCAUUGUGGCCCAGCAGCCGUUUGGAGGUGCCAGAGCAUCAGGUACCAAUGACAAGCCUGGAGGACCACACUACGUCCUCAGAUGGACAUCACCACAGGUCGUCAAGGAGACCCAUGUCCCACUCACAGAUUGGAAAUAUCCCUACAUGGGUUGAGAAAACUCUGUUACGUCCACAGCACAGCCCUGAAUCCUAUUCUGUGUACUAAUAAUGACUCUCCCUCUCCUGAUCCCUCAGUCAAGACUGAAACCCAGAAUCGUUUUUGUUCCUACUUGAUUUAACAUUUAUCUUAAGUGGUCUUCUAAAGAAAGCUAUCAAGACUUCUCCUGGAAUGUUCACAAAACCAUGGCUGGUGAAACAGUGCCCCCUUGUGGCGAUGCCUGAGGCUGAAUAGGCAAACAUGUAAAGCGACUGUGCCUCGGAAAACUACUGACAGCAACUACAUGACUACAGCUCUUUAAUAUGUGAAUGUGUUAGCAGACCUUCAUUACCUCCAGUGGUUGAUCAGCCUACACAAAAGACAUUAGACCAUCCAGGAGGUAGAAGGACUAAAACAGAGGUGAUUAAAUCAAGAGGAAGAUUGAGGAUUGGAUUUGCACUGAACAUUUCUGACAUUUCGUCCUUUAUUGGAUCACGUGAAGCAUUCUUUCAAAUUUGCUUUCUGUCUGGAGGUGUUUUCUGCCUACCUGACUACAUCAAUACUUCAGAUAACAGUAUCUAUCAGUGUAUUUGUUACAGUGAUACUCAUAUAGUGGCAGUUACUACAUUAUGAAAUGAUCUAUAUUUUUGCCUCAGGUCUGUAUUACCUACUGCACUCAACGAUAGAUAAAUAAAUAUUAACUAAAUAUAUCAAUAAAUAAAUCAAUAAUUCAUUAAUAAAUAGUACAGAACGUACGAUUAUGGCAUGCAUAUAAUGUCAGAUGUCUAAAACAGUAAACAGUAGCCCUUGUUUUUGAUAUUUUUAAUGUUUAACUUGUUUACUUCAUCUUGUUUGGUUUGGUUGACCCGGUUAAUUCACUGUCGUGUGGACAUUUGUCAGACUGUGUUUUUUAAACUUUGCUGCUGCAUAGACUGGCAAUAAUAGUCUCAAGUAUAUGACAAGUAACUUGAAAUUACAUUGUUUUCAUGAUUUUCUGAAUGAACUUUCAUCUCCUGAAACAUACAUCUCAAUGCAGUAUCAAUCAUAAGGUUGUAAGUGCAAAAAACCUUAGAAACAGUGCAAUUUGGAGUUCUGUUGUGCCUGAAUAAAGAGAUGGGGUUAAACGGUA